GUGAAGGAGAUGGAGGAAUUUGUGAGAAGAGGGGAGGCGGAGCAUGUGGGUAGGUUGGCAACUGCCUCCGGCGGUGGCGGACAUGGACGCCGGCGGGUGCUCAAGGUCGCCGUCGUCGUUGGUGACGAAGGGUCAAAGCAGCUGCUAUUUAUGGAAUCCAUGUGCAUGAAGGCCAAGUUUGGGAUCUGCAUAGGCGAGAAAGGGAGAGAGGGGAAGAUGGACUGCAGCACAGAGGGAGAAGAGAAGAGGAAGAUUGACAAU